AUGGAGGUUUACCCGGUGGCCAGCAACAGCACGAAAAUGGGCGAGGAAGUUCGGCUACACAAUUUGGCUCCGAAGGAGCAAGCUGAGCGGCUCCCCCUCUGGAAACGCUGCUUGGUGGUCUUGUCACUUGUCCCGGUGGUGAAUUUGGUCCUUGUGCCAUUCUAUGUCAAUCCUCCACCAGAAUCCAUCAGAGCGAUUUUGCAAACGACCAUGAUCGUCAACUGCCUGGCCCUGGCACGGAUACACUUCGACGUGAAGCUGGACGAUGCUGCGGAAGAGGAUGCGGCGGAAUUCAAGCGACUCCUUGGUGACUAUGCUCGAAUCGUCAUGAACUCUUUCAGCUUGAACGUGUUCUUGUUGCUCUUCGUGGUGCUUGCCAAUCCAACCAGGACCAGGGCAAGAGGCAUCGAGGUUUGGAAGUGCUUGCGCUGGGGAGUGCUCAUGCUCUUCUGGCUCAUGGAGUUCUACCUCAUCCAACUGUUCAAUAUGUACACCUACUGGGGAAGGAUUGUGUACCAGGACGAGAGUCUGGCGGUCUUCGGAACCCCCACGGGCGUCCUCAUCUACGGGGGUGUGCUCUUUUGCAUCAUUGUUGGCAGCUUGGCAAUGGUCAACGAGGUUGUGUUCAACCUGGCGGAGGAGCAUGAGAAGGGCCUCUUCCGGACCGAGAAGCAAAAAUGCCCCUUCAUCUACUCUUUGCACAAACUCCCAGCAACACAGUCCAAGCUGGCCUUGGAGGGCCUCACAUACAAACGGCUGAGGCCCUUCAAGGACGACUCCCUGAUGCUCUACAGAGUUCUGUGCUCUGCUGGGCUCGAGCCUUCAGACUGUUUGGAUGUGAUAGCUGCUCUUCAAGAGUAUGCAGCAGCACUUUGA